AUGCAACAAAUCAAAAAAAUUGAUUUAGUCAGAAACUCAAGCAAAAACAAGAGUUUUUAAGAAAUUUAUGAAUUUAACAAAUGUGAUGUAAGAUCCAAUAGUUUAUUUAGAAAUUGGGGUAAGGUUCAUAUGGGAUGGUGUAUAAAGCAGUUCAUAGAGCAACUGGUUUAAGCAGAGCAGUGAAGAUCAUCCAAAAGGCAAGUGUAAAUUAGUAAGAAAGAUUGAAUAAUGAACUUAGAACUGUAGAAUUAUUGGUAAUUCUGGAAACUUAGUUUAUUUAAGGAUCAUCCACAUAUCAUUAGAGUGUUUGAGACUUAUGAAGAUAUGGAAUAUAUUUACGUGGUAAUGGAGUAAGAAAUAAAUUAAAAAUUAGAAUAUGUAAGGGUGGUGAUAUCUUUGAUAAAGUAUUAGAAUAUGGUAAUUUUGAUGAGUAAGGAGCUUUAACAAUAUUUAUUCAAAUUAUAAGAUCAGUUGUCUAUUACUAAUCUUUGAAUAUAGUUCAUAGAGAUUUAAAACCUGAGAAUUUUCUAUUUUAGAAGAACAAUGAUUUAGAUUCACUUUACAUCAUUGAUUUUGGUUUAGCCAGAGUAUUCUAACCAGGUAUACAAUAUUAAUGGACAAAAGCAGGGACGGUAAGUAAUAAAUAUUUAAUAUAAGGCUUAUUAUGUAGCACCUGAAGUAUUAUAAGGUACAUAUGAUAAUAGAUGUGAUAUAUGGUCAAUAGGAGUUAUAUUGUAUGUUUUAUUAUGUGGAUAUCCUCCUUUUUAUGGAGAAAAUGAACAUGAAAUUUUAUUAUCUAUAUAGAAAGGUAAAUUUGAUUUUGAUGGGCCUGAGUGGAAGAAUGUAUCAAUGGAAGUUAAACAAUUAAUUUGUUAAAUAUUAUAGCCAAAAAUAUAAAGGAUAGAUUUAAAAACCAUAUUAAAACACCUUUGGGUAUAAAAAUAUGUUUAGAAAGGAGAAAUAUUACUAACCAAAUAUCAUGUAGAUAGAUGGAAACAAUAUCAUAUAUUAAAAUAAAUAGGAUUAUUGUACUUAUCAACUCAAUUAGAUUAAAGUGAAAUUUUGGAAAUUAAGAAUGGUUUUCUCUUUAUGAAUAGAUCUUAAUCUGGUAUAUUAAGUAAAGAAGAGAUAAACUUUUUGGAUGAUGAAUUUUAAACUUUGGAAUAUUAUCGUAAUUAUUUGAAUUUAAUAUAGAAUUUAUAUCACUUUGUUUGGAACCAAUUAUAUAUAAAAAUGAAAAAUACUAGAAAUUAAUGUUUGUACAUUUAUCAAUAGAUGGUCGAAUAACAACAAAUAGUUUGAGAAGUAUUCAAAUAUAUUUAGAAUGUGAUAUGGAUUAUUAACAAUUUGUUAAUUUAUUUUGA